UGACCUUUGACAGACCUCUGACAUACACAGUAUGUGUCGCCCAUCGGUGCGCGCGCGCUCCGGAGUUCUUCUGCACGCGCAGCUGUCAUGACGGGAAGAUGAGCGACACCGUGAUCGCGGAGGGAGCCGUUAAGAUCAGAGAUGGCAAAAAAUGGAGGAGCCGCUGGCUGCUCGCGCGCAAACCCUCUCCGGUCGCAGAUUGUCUGGUGCUGUACGUGUGUAAGGAGCGUGGUGUGAAGGAGAGGAGCGUGACGCUGGAGCACAUCUGUGGUCUGGAGGCGUGUGUCGGCGGCGACGGCGUUCCCUUCAUCCUCUCCAUCCUGUGUCUCAAUCAGACCGCUGUGCUCGGCUUCGACAGCAGGGAGGCGCUGCAGAGCUGGGACCUGCGGCUGCGCUACUGCCUCGGGGAAGUCCACAGUUUCAGCGUGUCCGUGCUGCCCGGCACUAAACUGGAAAGCGGCCCGGCGACUCUGCAUUUGUGCAACGAUGUUCUGGUCAUCGCUAAAGACCAGCCGGCCGUCAUCAUCGGGCACUGGAAUCUGCUGGACCUGCGGCGAUAUGGACCGGUCAACAACGGGUUCGUGUUUGAGGGAGGAACACGCUGCGGUUAUUGGGCCGGCGUGUUCUUCUUGUCCUGUGCCGAGGCCGAGCAGAUCAGUUUUCUCUUCGACUGUAUUGUUCGUGGAAUUUCCCCGUCCAGAGCCCCGUUUGGACUGAAGCCACUGCUGCCAGAGGCCAGCAUCAGUGCAGAUUCAGCGCAGGACAGACUGAAGCAUGAGGCGGAGGAGCUGGAGCGGAGGCUCAGUCUGCUGUCCCACAGCACAGCUUCCAGCUCGCACUCCAGCUUUUCGCUUGCGGGUGAUGACCGCAGCAUAUCUGGUUCCUCCGACACCUCAGACACGAGCCAAUCAGAUUGCAGCAUCAGCGGUCGCCCCGCGCUGUGGAGCGAUCCGAUUCUGUCCGUCUCUGGUGAAACAUCUCACCCGCAAACAUCGAGGAUGGGAUCUCAGGUGGAGGAGAAGCUCCAGGUCCAGACAGAUCCUGUUUGCUCACGGAAACUGAAAGAGUCUGGUCGACAGAACUCGUCUGACAGUGGCAUCGCAACCGGCAGCCACUCAUCCUACACAGGAAGCUUCUCGUCCUACAGCCAAAGUCUGGAUGCUGCCAGUCCGGGAGAGGAAUACAGGGCACCUGCCGUCCCAGAGAAACACCUGUGCUCAUGCUCAACCUGUCCCGUUCACGAAUACCAGGUUCCCUCGUCCCUGCGGUUCAUGUACGACUCUCCCCGCAGCCUGUUAGAGGUCAGCAGACACAGCAGCACAUCUCAAGACAAAACCAGACUCAUAGAGCCCUGUUCAGAAUCUCCCAGCCAAUCGGAUUCAGAGCUUGAUAAAGGGGAGGAGUCACAGACGAGGGAGGGCUUAAUAAAAGUGGAGGAGUCUCAGGGAUUUUCCUGUAGUAAAAGCUGCUUUGAUCGGACGAUCUGUUCAGUUCCUCCUGCUGGGAUGAAAUCACUCUUCACCAGCUGCCCCGUCUGCGGAGGACUCGAGGGCACACUUCCACCGCAUCCUGGUGGGACUUCACUGCCCGCUGUGCCAGUGCCAGGUGAACAUUCAGCCACGCCCACUGCUGAUGUCACCGAACCACCAACCAAUCAGGAGCCAGUGGAGGUCAGACACUCAUCUUCGACCGAUCAGGAUCAACGGAGGCCGUCAUCUGAACGCUCACAGCCCAGUGAGGAGAAGCGAUCGGAGGACUACUGCUCCAGUCUGUCUGAUCUCCUGCCACACUACAGUCCUGCUGCGAGAGCGGACCGAAGCAGCGUCUACGAGGCCAUGGCAGCGUCCAGACACACCGUCCUGUACGAGAACUGUGUCCAGUGCAGGAGAGGAGAGGACAGCUGCCGGCUCCUCAGACCAGCUCCUCCAUCCAGAGACGCGUUUGUCCAGGAACUGAGGAGAAACAUCUCAGAGUCCUCCUGCUCCUCCACAGUCUCUCUGCAGCGAAUACCUGAAGGAGAUGACAGAGAGAGAAUAUGGGCAGAGAAAGGAAGAAUGGAUCCUGCCUAUGAAAUCAUGGACAGCCGAUCAUCAGACAGGAGCCUAGAGGAGGAGCGCAGCAGGUACGAGCUCAUGAUGGAUUCACAGAAGACUUCUCCUCAUCUGACUGAAGCUCUGUCGGACAGACUCAGAGGAGACGUGGUGACAUACGUGAACAUCCCCACCAGCCCCACGGCCAAAAAACAGCUGCAUUACAUGGAACUGGAUCUGCAGGAGUCCAGCGCCGCCGUCAGAGGUAAAUGCUCCAGUAAAUACGCUCAGAUUGAUAUCACAGCGACGGAGGCGGCUCACAGAGCGGGUUCCCAGCAUGCACUGGGGCGGGAGGAAGGCUUACAGAGACUGGAGCAGCAGAGGAGACGACGAGGACAUCCUCACACUGAAGAUCGACUCUUCUCUUGACAAACUGACCAAAACACUUGCAUCAGUCGAGACAGUGAAACACAGAAUGCAGCGUAGUGUCAUGUCUAGUGUAGUAGUAUGUAGUAUAGUACAGUGUCAUCGUGUCAAACUCACUAUGUAGUGAACACAGCAGAGCAUGUGAGCGAAGCAGCGCUCUGCUACAGUUCCCACUCUGACAUAAUGUGCGUGCAUCUUUACUAAGUACACCUGGAUUCUGAAGCCUGUGAAAAGCAGACACGAGAUCAAAUGCACUGUUGGAUUGAACUGGGUUGAGCGAGCGGCGCUGAGCUCUGUGCUCUUAAGGAACACAGCAUAUACACAUAUGUUUGAAAUACAGUAAUAUAUAUUCACAUAUCACACGUCUGACAAACACAUUCAGUCUACAGUGAGCUGCUGCUACGUAAAUCUGUUUCUGUAUUCUCAUGUUAGAUAAAUGUGUGCAGUGCACAGAAAUGCAUUUUUAAUUUAUUUGGAAUCAUUUCACUUUAAAAUGCUGAAUAUUAGUUGUAUGGCUUUCGAGUUGCAUCUGUAUUAAAUAGGCUGCAUCUGUGUAGCAUCUUUAGUCUUUUUAUUAACCUAAAUUCAAGUGUAUCGAGUCAUUUUUACAUUAAACUACUUGUUUUGUAUUUU